AAACAGUAGCUCUAGUCCAGUGGAAUACAUUACAGCGACCUGUCUCUUUAAAUUACUGUCAAAGCCGAUUAGCGCUGUUUUCACCGUCUGUUCUCCUCAAUCUAUUUUGGUUUUACGCUGCUACAGCCUGGACGAUAAGUCUUUUGCGAUUUUCCACUUGUAUAGGCUAUAUUUUUCUCGCCAUUUGGGAUGAUUUGGAUCCCCUUUCUAAAAAGUUUGAGCAUGAGAUGUGGGAUUAUUUAUUUAUUUCUGGCCUCUUCGCGGCGCACAGAGUGGACCGGACUCAAAUUCCCCCCCUGCGCGUCUGUGGUGAAUUUGGAUUAGCGCGCUCUCUCCUCCGCAUCUACUUUCUCUCUCCUAUCCUGUCCAACUCUCUCCGAAAAUAUGAUAGAUAUGUCACAGAUAUGACAUCAAAAACAACGACCACUUUUUGAAAUCGACUGAAAGAGAAGGGGUCUCACGGAAAAUGCAGAAGAGCGUGCGCUAUAACGAGGGGCACGCUCUAUAUCUGUCGCUUGUCGCGCGCAAAGAGGGCACGAAACGCGGCAUCCUGAGCAAGAAGACGACGGAGAACAGUCGGUGGAAUGACAAGUACUUUGCUCUCUACCAGAAUGUGCUCUUUUACUUCGAGAACGACCAGAGCACUCGGCCCUCCGGGAUUUACUUGCUGGAGGGGUGCACGUGCGAGAGGGUUCCCGCGCCCAAAGGCGCCACGGUCAGUAAGGACAUGGUGGACAAGCAGCAGCACUACUUCUUGGUGGUGUUUGGCCAUGACGGUCAGAAGCCUCUGGAGCUGCGGACGGAGGAGGAGUCAGACUGCAAAAAGUGGGUGGAGUCUAUCCAACAGGCCAGUUACUCUGACAUCAUCAUUGAGCGCGAGGUCCUGAUGCAGAAGUACAUCCACCUGGUCCAGAUCAUGGAGACAGAGAAGGUGGCGGCCAACCAGCUACGCACCCAGCUAGAGGACCAGGACACAGAGAUAGAGAGGCUGAAAGCAGAGAUCGUGCUGUUGAACAAGGCCAAGGAGAGAAUGCUGCCUUACCAGACCAACCAGGAGGAGGAGGACCCAGACAUUAAAAAGAUCAAAAAGGUCCAGAGUUUCAUGCGAGGCUGGCUGUGUCGGAGGAAGUGGAAGAUCAUCGUCCAGGACUACAUCUGUUCCCCCCACGCUGAGAACAUGAGGAAGAGGAACCACAUCGUGUUCAACAUGGUGGAGGCCGAGACCGAGUACGUCUGCCAGCUCUCUGUCCUGGUCAACUUCUUCCUCAGACCACUACGUAUGGCUGCCAGCUCCAAGAAACCUCCCAUCAGCCAUGAUGACGUCAGCAGCAUCUUCCUCAACAGUGAGACCAUCAUGUUCCUCCAUGAGAUCUUUCAUCAGGGCCUGAAGGCUCGGAUAGCCAACUGGCCCACGCUGGUGCUGGCGGACCUGUUUGACAUCCUGCUGCCCAUGCUGAACAUCUACCAGGAGUUUGUGAGGAACCACCAGUACAGCCUGCAGGUGCUGGCCAACUGUAAACAGAACCGGGACUUGGACAAGCUGCUGAAGCAGUAUGAGGCGAACGCUGCCUGUGAGGGACGCAUGCUGGAGACCUUCCUCACGUACCCCAUGUUCCAGAUCCCUCGUUACAUCAUCACUCUCCAUGAGCUGCUGGCACACACGCCUCAUGAGCACGUGGAGCGCAAGAGCCUGGAGUUUGCCAAGUCCAAACUAGAGGAGCUGUCAAAGAUGAUGCAUGAUGAGGUGAGCGAUACAGAGAACAUUCGUAAGAAUCUGGCCAUCGAGAGAAUGAUCGUAGAAGGUUGUGACAUAUUGCUUGAUACCAGCCAGACCUUUGUCAGACAGGGCUCUCUGAUCCAGCUCCCAUCCAGCAGUGAACGGGGCAUGCUCAGUAAGGUCCGUCUGGGCUCUCUGUCCCUCAGGAAGGAAGGAGAACGACAGUGCUUCCUAUUUACGAAACACUUCCUUGUCUGCACACGCACCUCCGGGGGAAAGCUGCACCUGCUCAAGCAGGGUGGGGUGUUGUCUCUAAUAGAAUGUACCCUUGUAGAGGAGCUAGAUGCCAACGAUGAGGACUACAAUGCAGGAGGUCAGGGCUUCAACCACCUGGAGUUUAAAAUCGUGGUGGAACCCCCUGAUGGCCCCGCCUUCUCUGUCGUCCUAUUGGCUCCCUCCCGCCAGGAGAAAGCUGCCUGGACCAGUGACAUCAGUCAGUGUAUAGAUAAUAUCCGCUGUAAUGGCCUGAUGACCAGCGUAUUUGAGGAGAACUCUAAAGUAACUGUGCCGCACAUGAUCAAGUCGGACGCACGGCUGCACAAAGAUGAUGUGGACAUCUGCUUCAGCAAGACGCUCAACUCCUGCAAGGUCCCCCAGAUCCGCUACGCCAGCGUGGAGCGGCUGCUGGAGAGACUGACGGACCUGCGCUUCCUCUCUAUCGACUUCCUCAACACCUUCCUCCACACGUACAGGAUCUUUACUACCGCUGCUGUGGUCAUGGACAAACUGGCCGACAUAUACAAGAAACCUUUUACCUCUAUACCGGUCAGGGUUCAGUAUCACUCCUCCGAUCGUCUGUCCAUCACGUCUCUCUGUCCUGACUACAGUCUGAAGAUCACACGGCUUGCUCUGGACCAAAAAGAGUCUCUGGAGUUGUUCUUUGCCACCAACCAGGGGACGUGGGGAGGCGAGCACCUCAACAACAAAUCUCCCCGUCUCUGUCGCAAGUUCUCCUCUCCUCCUCCUCUCACCAUCCCCUCCCGCACCUCCUCCCCGGUUCACUCCCGCAAACUCUCCCUCUCCUCGCCGGUCUCCUCCAAGGCAGGGAUCCUAGACCUCUCCACCCCUUCCUCCUCUGCUGCUAACUCCCCCACUUCCUCUCACCCUCCCUCCAUCUCCUCUCCCCCUCCCAAUGCCACCAGGCCCCCUUCAGGGUUUUCCUCCCCUCCUCCCAAUGCCACCCGGGCUCCAUCUGGGUUCUCGUCCCCCCCUCCCACCUGUACGCGGGCUCCCAGCCUGCCAACAGUCCUGGGGGUCUCCACCUCCCCUCCCACCACCACAAAAGCCCUUCUAGAACUGAGCCGCCCCACCUGUUCACAGGAACCUGUCCCCCCAACGCCGGAAGAGGGAGGAGACAUGCCGCGCAUCGACGCAUUCUGUGGAAAACUCAGACGCAGCAUCCGCAGGGCUGUUCUGGAGACGGUUUCUCUGGAGAAGUUCCUCCCAGAGUCUAACCCUCAAGUCAGCGAGGACCGAGUCCCCCUGACAGAGUCCCCCUGUCGCUCCCCCUCUACACCCAGACACAUGCGAUACAGACAGUCUGGAGGUUCCACGGGGGAAAACAAUCGUGGUACUAUGUCACCAGCCUCAGCCUUCGCUAUUGCCACGGCAGCCGCCGGACACGGCAGUUCCCAGGGUUUCAAUAAUAGCGAGAGGACCUGUGACAAGGAGUUUAUCAUCCGUAGAGCUGCUACCAACAGAGUCCUCAACGUACUGCGUCACUGGGUCUCCAAGCACUCACAGGACUUUGAGAUGAACAGUGAGCUGAAGGUGGGUGUAAUGACCCUUCUGGAGGAGGUGCUAAGAGACGCAGACCUGCUGCCUCAAGAGAGGAAAGCCACUGGAAACAUUCUAAGUGCCCUUUCUCAAGAUGAACAAGAGGAUGCUCAACUCAAGAUAGAAGACAUCCUACAUACGGCGGAGUGUCCCAAAGCAGAGUGUUUUGAGUCUCUGUCUGCGAUGGAGCUGGCUGAACAGAUCACCCUGCUAGACCACAUUGUGUUCAGGAGCAUCCCUUACGAAGAGUUUCUGGGCCAGGGCUGGAUGAAGCUGGACAAGUCAGAGAGAACUCCAUACAUCAUGAAGACCAGUCAGCACUUUAACGAUAUGAGUAACCUGGUAGCGUCUCAGAUCAUCGCCCAUACAGACGUGGGCUCCAGGGCUAACUCCAUAGAGAAGUGGUUGGCGGUUGCUGAUAUCUGUCGCUGCCUCAACAACUAUAACGGCGUUCUAGAGAUCACCUCAGCUCUCAACCGUAGCGCCAUCUACAGGCUGAAGAAGACAUGGGCCAAAGUCUGCAAACAGACCAAGUCGUUGAUGGACAGGCUGCAGAAGACAGUGUCAUCAGAGGGCCGGUUCAAGAACCUGAGAGAAACCCUGAAAAACUGCAACCCUCCCUGUGUGCCCUAUCUGGGGAUGUACCUGACUGACCUGGCCUUCAUCGAAGAGGGAACGCCCAACUUCACCGAGGAGGGACUCGUCAACUUCUCCAAGAUGAGGAUGAUUUCUCACAUCAUCAGAGAGAUCCGUCAGUUCCAGGGUGCGCCCUACAGGAUAGAGCACCAAGCCAAGGUGACUCAGUUCCUGCUGGAUAGGACUCUGGUGAUGGAUGAGGACACGUUGUAUGAGCUGUCCCUGAAGAUUGAACCCCGCAUCCCUCCUGGCUAAACACACAGAAACAGUCGGUCUCAAUCCAGCUGCAUCAGACACUUAGUAGUUAGUGUUCUUAUUGUUGUCUGCUUGGUAACUAUGGAACCAGUGGACGGGAGAGCCCUGAGAAUCACCCGGUUAAGGGUUCCUCUUACUUUAUCACCAUUGCCAAUGAUUAUGCUUAAGAACUCUGGUGAAGAUGUGCCUUGCUUGUAAAUAUGUACAUAUCAAGAUUUAGUAAUACGCUGUAAAGUGUGUUUAUAACAGGUUAUAAUGAUUUCCUGAUGAUCUUGCAUGCAUUUCCAUGUAUCCAUUUCCAUUUGCUCUGAAAAAGGCAGGUUUGGCUGUAACUGAUUAGGAGAGACGUCUAGCUUGUCGGACUAAUGGCAUCUGUGGGCAAACGAGUGGGGAGGAACAGUGGCGGUCACUAUAUUGCCCUCUACUGGUGACCAGCCUCAUCAAAUAGUGAUGACAUUCCCCAGAGGUUUUUGCACUUCCUUGAAGACAUCUUCAUGGGUCCACCCGAACCCGAAUACCCGAGACCCGACCGGGUUCAAAAUUCAAUAUUUUCCCUCGGGUCCGGGUCGUGUCCUGUCUGAUUGUCAUCAUGUUUGAUUGUCAUCGAAACCUAUUCUGUUAACCAGAAGACGAACUUGGAAGAUAAACAUAAUUUUUGUUGUCACUCGGGUCCAAUCGAGUCCAUCUGUGUCUGUUGAACAAUUACCUGAUUGGUUCCGGCCUUGUUCCUGUUGACACACACUGAUGAUGUAAGCAUGGACUUAACAUCCUGUCAUUUAGCAUGUAUAUUUACUUACUUAUGUAUUAAGCAUUUUAAACAUUGUUUUACUUCUGUCUGUUAUUGUAUUCACACUGGACACUGACAUCAAUUCAACAUCUAUUCCACAUUGGUUCAAGGUGAAAUGAGGUGGAAACAACAUUGAUUCAACCAGUGUGCCCUGUGGGUUCUCUGUGUGAAGGUUUUCAACUGUUAUUUGUUACAAGAAACAUUUGAAGAACAUGUAAAGGCAUAUGAGGAGCCACUUUUCUCAACCGUGUAAUUUUGCACAAUUCUAAUAUACUGUAGCUAAUUCUCCCCAGAGCCAGACAGUGUAUAAGAGAAUAUACAUGUACAGCUUUACCUUUGCCAGUCCUGACCCAAAUUGCAGUUUCAGAAAUGUUGUUCAAUCAAGUGUAACAUGUCUGUUUUGUGAAUGACGACAUUCAAGUAAAGGGACUUGACCCAAACGGUUGUUAAAGUUUA